AUGGACGACCGGAAGAACGCAGACUUGCUGGGAACAGCAGGUUUGAGCUUUGACGCUCAAUCUUUGUUGAUAAGCCUCCAGAGAGCUCCAUUACAGGAGACUCGCACACACCGAAAGAUGGUGAUAGCUGAGUCCGCCCCGGCUGAAAAGCGCAAGGUGGGCCUGCCUGCCCUGUCCUUCCCCAACACCUGCAGCAAGCAGGGCGAUGGUUAUGGUUUUGGUGGUGGUGUGCUGACAAUGUGCAGCAAAGCAUUGGACGACCACUUGGAGGAGGAAGAGGAGGGUUGUGUGGGCGGAGGACCAGUCACGAGCGACGUAUUCCAUGGCACAAAAGCAGGGAUGCUCGAUGCCGGUGCAGCGGGAAAAGCAGAAGAACAUGUACACGAGUACCUCGAGUACCUGACCGUGGAGUUGACGCUGUGCCGGCGAUGCGCACCUGGUGGCACUCUUUGCAUUGAAAUCUGCAGGUUUGAGGGCUUGCUGUCAUACAUACCCCGCCAUUUGCCCACUAAUGCAUCAUACGGCAUGCGCUGGAGACUGAGGUGCUCACCUCGAUUUUGUACUUCGCAGUACCCAGGGCCAACGGGAGGAAAGUUGACCAUGAAACUCUCCAUCAUCCCACCCCCAAUCGAUCGAUCGAACCAAGUACCUUUCCAAUCCACAUCCACGUCUAUUCUUAUUGACGCUGCCACUCUGAGCGAGGCGUCAGAGGCUCAAUUGAGUGUGACAAUCCCAGCACAGCACAGCACCAAUUGCAACCAAACUAGUCUAAAGACCUGA